CCGUCGCUCCCCGACAACGACAGUCGUCCGUAGCUCGCGGCCUGCCCUGCAGGGCCUCCUCUCCGAUCCAGCGACGCGGCGUGGCAGGACAGUGCUCCGGUUUUGACAACUCGUCGUUUAUUUUCGUCGUGGAGGGUAUUGAAGAGCGUGAAAGAGAAAAUAGCAAUUCCGCAGCCAACACGUGAUCGCGGUGUGUGUGAGAACCAGUGUAUUGGUUCGCCCGCGAGAGCAUGUUUAGCCUAGCCUCACUUUUUAAGCGGCCCCGAACGUGAGAGCGACGCCUCCAUCCCUGGUCGCGCACACAGUUCGCCGCUCCGCGCUCCGCCCCGUGAUGUGGGGCAAGCAGUCGUCUGAUGACGAGUUUGUAUCGAGACCGAGAGCGCGGACCAGGGACCGCGGAGUGGACGACCUGGACGAUGACCUGCCCUCCUCCACCCGCUACACGACGUCGCCGUCGCGGCUGUCCACGGCCAUGCUCGACCUGUGGAACGACCUGCCGGACCACGUCAAGAAGGACCCCACCAUGGUGCAGCUCAAGGCGAGCCUGCCCGGGACCAGCGCAGGGCUGUCCAGGCCGAGCGAGCUGAGCGACGUGACCGAGGAGGGCGACUUGACGCCGCGACUGACGUUCCCGGACGACUUGGGGGAGGCGGGGACUGGCGGCAAGGGCAAGGAGUUCCUCUCCAACGUGUCCGUGGCGGCGUCCCUGCACGCCAGCCGGGGGAAACACGGGCACAGCCAUGGGCACGAAAGCUUGCACCACCACGUCAUGCCGGGGGAGAAGUCCAUGCGGCCGUGGAUACGCUGGGUCAGGAUGCUGCUUCUCCUCAUCACUUGGACCAUUUUCACGUGGAUUUUAAUGACUAGAAGAGAGCGCGAACAAGAAAACCAUCAAAUUUCGGUGCCGAAAAAUCAAAUUAAAAGCUACCUGAUGCACGAGAUGCCCACCGAGAACCAGGUGGCGGUGACGAUAGGCGGGGCGCUGCUGCCGCCGGCCUACGGGAACCUCACCGAGUCCUUCAUGGAGGUGUGGGUGGAGCUGAUCCAGACCAAGAUGCAGCUGACGGAGGCGCAGCGCAGCAACGUGUCGCUCCACAUCAACAAGACUGACAUCCUGUUCACCAAGAACCUGACCGCCCCCUGGCGCAUCCCCCUGGUGUCCGCCGAGUCCAUCGACGGCGUGCCGAAGCUCGAGCAGGACCACGAAUUCAACCUGGACGACUUCGAAAUCGCGAGUAUUCCUCGCAGCUUGCUCCGCCUGCAGAUGCACACGAACCUCCACAUCUCGUUCCCAGUGUCCAUCCGCUACGACACGUCGCCCAUCACCCUGGAGGACGGCGUCGUGUACGCCGCUGUGGUGCUGGUCGGACUUUACGCCAUGGUCAUUUUUGAGAUUGUGCACCGUACGCUGGCAGCGAUGAUAGCAUCCACAAUGUCUGUGGCGAUUCUUGCAGCUUUCAACGAAAGGCCCUCGAUGGCGGAGCUAGUGCAGUGGAUCGACGUGGAGACCCUGCUCUUGUUGUUCUCCAUGAUGGUGUUGGUGGCCAUAUUUUCUGAGACCGGCAUCUUCGACUACAUGGCUGUAUAUGCGUACAAGAUCACUGGCGGCAAGAUCUGGCCGCUCAUCAACACCCUGUGCUUCUUCACGGUGAUGCUGUCCAUGGUGCUGGACAACGUGACGACGGUGCUGCUCAUGACGCCCGUGUCCAUCAGGCUAUGUGAAGUGAUGGAGCUGAACCCGGUGCCGGUCCUCAUGUCCAUGAUCAUCUACUCCAACAUCGGCGGCGCUAUCACCCCAGUCGGCGACCCACCGAACGUGAUUCUAGCCUCCCACAAGGAGGUGGUGAAGGCGGGCGUCGACUUCGGCGUGUUCACGCUGCACAUGGGCAUCGGCACGCUCAUCGUGUUCGUGGUGGUCAACAUCCAGCUCCGCUUCACCUUCCGCAACGUCAACGACUUCCGCUUCGCCGAGCCGCAGGAGGUGCAGGAGCUUCGGCACGAGAUCGCCAUCUGGCAGCGCGCCGCCGCCUCGCUGUCGUCCUACUCCCGCGACGAGGACUCCGUGAGGGAGACGCUCCUGAAGAAGGCCCGCCGCCUCGUGCUGGAGCUGCAGCGCAAGGUGGUGUCCGGGAGUGUUGCCGUGGAGGACUACAAAGCCACCCUCGAGGAUUUGCAGGCCAAGUACCCCAUCCGCAACAAGAUGCUGCUGCUCAAGUCCGGGCUGACGAUCCUGUUCGUGGUGGUGCUCUUCUUCCUGCACUCCAUCCCGCAGCUCAACCUGUCGCUGGGCUGGACCGCGCUGCUCGGCGCCAUCCUGCUGCUGCUGCUGGCCGACCAGGACAUGGAGGGCGUGCUGGCGCGCGUCGAGUGGAGCACGCUGCUGUUCUUCGCCGCGCUCUUCGUCCUCAUGGAGGCCCUGUCGCGGCUCAAGCUCAUCGAGUGGAUCGGCAAGCAGACCGAGUCGCUCAUCCUGGCCGUGCCCAAGGACUACCAGCUGGCCAUGGCCAUCCUGCUGAUCCUGUGGGUGUCGGCGCUGGCGUCGUCCUUCGUGGACAACAUCCCCCUGACCACCAUGAUGGUGCGCAUCGUGGUGUCGCUGGCGCAGAACGAGGAGCUGUCCCUGCCCCUGCAGCCCCUCGUGUGGGCGCUCGCCUUCGGCGCAUGUCUUGGAGGAAAUGGAACCCUGAUUGGCUCGUCUUCCAACGUGGUCUGCGCUGGAGUGGCCGAGCAGCACGGCUACAGAUUCACUUUCGUCCAAUUCUUCAAGGUCGGUUUCCCCGUCGUGGUCGUGAGCGUCCUCACCAUCACGGUCUACUUGAUGAUCGCCCACGUCGCGCUCGGCUGGAACGGGAACGUCUAACGAAUCCACGAUGAUCGUUUUAUAUUUAUUUGUUGCUAUUUUUAAAAUAUCUUGGAUUUUUCCUGUUGGAUGUAACUGCCUGUGAUUUGUGUUGAGCCAAAAUUGAGAUUAAGACUGGAGAAUGAGUUGAAGUAGAGUCCUAAAGGGGCCGUGUAAAUAUGGUUCUGUUAAUAAUUUUAUUGAUUAAUUAUUCUAUUACUUUUUAUUUGUAACCUUAAGUUGAGAUGAACCUGAGUUGAGAUGACUAUAUUUUUAUGGUCGUGCCUGAGCUGAAUCGGGUUAUAGUAUUAUUUUAGUUGUGAUAAAUUUUAUUGUUUUAAUCACUGUGUUCCGUUUGUGGCUACAAACGUGAUGUGUGUGUGUGUGUUUGAUGUGUCAUGUGUGUUGUACCAGGCAUUUGAAACUCAAGUGCCCAUGGGUUUUCGUGUUCUUGACACAUUUUUUAAAAGUGGCAAGGUCUGCACAAUAAGUUUGUCAAUCUUCAUUAUGAAACUGUUAUCAUGGAGCUAUGGUAUGUUUCAGUAAAUUUUAUAGUCUGAUAAAGUA